ACCUUGCAUGUGAUUGGCUGGAUUCACUUAAACUUGAAAAUGAGUGCGAAAUGUUCCACAUGGUUUCGUGUUGUGCAAUUAAAAAUUGAUUACUUAUGUUUGUACUUUGCAACAAGAUUAUAGAGAAAUUGUAUAAUAGUAAUAAGCCGAUAAGCUCUUUACGUAAUAAAGAAAUUAAAACAUUAUUAAAACGAUUAGAAAAAUGGAGAAACGAGAGAAGUUAAAAAUUGUGGAAAAUGCUAUUGGAACUUAUUCUGACUUUCCAAAGCCUGGGAUUAUUUUUCGAGACAUAUUUGGUGUUUGUCAAAAUGUUGUGGCUUUCAGAGCUUUGAGAGACUUGAUCGUAGAACAUGUUAUGUUUCUGGAAGUAGAUAUAAUUGUUGGCCUAGACUCGAGAGGAUUUCUAUUUGGUCCUCUGAUUAGUCUAGAGUUAGGUAAACCGUUUGUUCCUAUUCGUAAGAAAGGCAAACUGCCUGGACAUGUUUUACAACAAUCUUUUGUCUUGGAAUAUGGAGAGGAUUACUUUGAAAUCCAAACGAAUAGUAUUAGCGAGGAAAAGAGAGUACUCAUUGUUGAUGAUUUGCUGGCUUCAGGAGGCACAAUGGCUGCUGCUGUAAAGUUACUGAAAACUCUGCAUGCAGAGGUAGUUGAAUGUCUUGUAAUAAUGGAACUAAAAAAUCUGGAUGGUAGAUCAAAAGUUGAUGCUCCGGUAUAUUCUUUCAUUGAGUACAACUAAUACAUCUUGCAACAAAUUUAUACCAAUUGUUCUAUCAUAAUAUUUUUCAUAUUUUUUAAAGGCAUUUAUUAUACAGCAAGAUUUUAUAUGUAAAUAGGAAACUAUUGUUUACAAAAGUAGAUAUUACAAUUUCUGUGAUAAUCCAUUAUAACUGGAUCUAUAAAAUAUGUUGUCCUUGAUAUCUAUGGUAUACUAAGUCUCAAUCAAAAGACGUACAGUUCACUCUAAGGUUUUAUUUGAAAACAUUCGAUAUUACAAAAAACUUUUAUAUGCAACAUAUUCCAAACAUAUUUUAAACAAUAUAUUUAUUUUUAGUGCAAUUAUAUUGUACACAUGUCGAGUAAAACCGAAAUAUCAUUCCAAUUUUUAGGAUUUUGACAAUACGAAAUGUAGUAUCAAUUAUCAAACAAUAAUUAUACAGUUUCUAAUAAUGUGUGUA